AUUACAGGCUUGAGCCACCGCGCCCGGCCAGAGACUCUCUUUAAAAAAAAAAAAAAAAAAAAAAACUGGGGCCUCUGCCUCAGUUUGCCCUGGAGCCAGCCGGGGCCCGUCCUAAUUUGGAGCACAGUCUUCCGGGUGCCUAGACAUGCCAAGGCCCCUCCCACGUGGGACACCCUCUCCGUUUAGUACCUGACCACCUGUUUCAAAACACAGGUGUUUCUGGUUUAGAAACUUGGAAGGCAGAAUGUGUUUUCGCAUCUUCUAGGAGGGUUUGCUGGGGACCGGACCACGUAAGCCUGAGUGGAUCCGGACUCAGCUGCAGCCCUUACCCGCCUCGUGCUGAUGAUCUAUGCAUGCAGCAGACACAUCCACUGUCCUGUGUGCGGGUUUUUAAAACAGUUGCCCUGGAUGAAACUGAAUAAACCAGUGACGCUAUUCAAAGUCUUUCUGUUCUUGGGGGGACGCUGUGGGCAGAGGGGAUAAACUGCAGCCCCUGGCCCUCCCCUGGCAUCUGCUGACUGGGGGACCCCCAUCAUGGCAUAAAAACCUUCUCCUGUAGCGCCCUCUGGCCUCCUGUCACUGGUCACUGGCCAGUGUCCUCCCAGGCUGCCCCGGGAAGGGGGCGUGGACAUCUGUAGAAUGGAGGCAGGGUGCUCAGGUCCAGACACGCCGCCAUGGGGCUCCAGCCAGCUGGGACCCCGAGAGCACAGGGUGCCUCUGCCUGCCGCUUCCCCUCCCAGACAGGUCCCUCUCUUUCCAGAAACAAAGGAAGGGGCAGCCCCAGAGGGUGGCUGAGUGACAACAGAGCCCACCUGGACAGGGUCGGCUUGGAGGUCCCCCCAGUCCCUUCAGGAGAGGAGCCACUGGAACACUGGUCGCCUUGGGACAUUCUCCAGCCCCAGGUCACUGUGGGGCAGCAGGAACAGCUUCAAGGACAGACCCAACUCGGAUGUCACCAACUUACCAGAUGUCCCUCCCCAUUGCUGGAGCAUCGUGCAGCGGCCAGCCCAGCCUGCCAGGGGCAGAGACCCUGCACUGGUCCCCGGGCUGGCUUAUCUGCUCCAGUGCAGGGAUGAUCAGCUGGAACUCUGACCCCACUCACAUCUGGAUACGCAGUGAGAGGCCCGUUGUGGCCGUGACACUGGGAGGAAGCCGGGAGGAAGCAGGGCUCCAUGCUCUUGCUCCAAGUGAGCCGACCAGGGAGCCAAAGUCAAGGUGGCCUGGGAGCCACAUCCACCCACCUGGCCGCUGGGCUCUCACAGCCACUAGAAACCCAGCAGCCUCUCCCCUGGGUCUGUGCGGGGCUCUUCAGCCCUCCUGGGGGCUCAGUGGCUGGGACGCUGCUUUAUAGACAGUGCAUGGCUCCGCCACCUGACAGCUCCCAGAGGGUUCUGGGGGUGACUGUAAAGAGCGGUGCUGGCCCCGAACCUUUCCUAUUCCCCUGGAUUUAGUUUCCAGUAAGUGGUGGGGAACUGAACAUUUUGUCCCAUAGUGGUGGGAGAGAGGGCUGGCCACAUGGGUCCAGGCCACCCCUCAGCCUCCACAGCCUGCCUCUCGCC